AUGACUGCUCUCCGGAACCCAAAGGGAACAGCCAUUGCAUCGAGAAGGGGGAUGGAGAAAAUCAUCUACGACUUCUACUCUGAUCUCUUCGACAGCCAUGUCCACUUGCCUCCUCACCAUCUGAGGGAAGAUGGACAAGUCAUUCCAGAGGUUCUCCCGUCCGAAAUACGACAUGCUAUCAUGUCGGUUCCUAAACAGUGGAAAACCAGCAAGACCGUGUUGUUGUAUAAAAAGGGAGAUCCACAUGACAUCGGCAACUAUCGCCCAAUCUGCCUACUGUCCGUCAUCUACAAGCUCUUUACAAGAGUAAUCCUUAAUAGGAUUGAAAAAGUCUUGGAUGAAGGACAGCCAUGCGAGCAAGCAGGGUUUCGAAAAGGAUUCAGCACGAUUGACCACAUUCACACUGUUUCGAAACUCAUCGAGGUAUCACGAGAGUACAAGAUGCCGCUCUGUCUCACCUUCAUCGACUUAAAGAAGGCUUUCGACUCGGUUGAGACGGAAGCGGUCGUGGAAGCCUUGGACAACUAA